UUAUAAGCACUUGAAGGAAUGUCAGUGUUUUUCUUAAGUGGUACUAUUUGAUAUCAGACAGAACCCAUGCACCUCCUUUUGGCACCUGCGUCCUGCAGUGUUUCUUGACUAGAGCCCGGCGUGGCCCGUUGCUCCUCCCAGGGACACGCAGACUGCAGCCGGAGGAGCCUGUUUGUUUAAUCACAGCCAGACCUCUGUGUCCUAUGAACUAAGAAUUACAGUUUUAUUUCUCACAGCAACAUGAAUGCUGGUCCAUCCUGGAAUAAAGCACAACGUUCAAAAAACCCUUCAGGAAAAAGGCAGAGUCAAUCCCAAGUGCCCCACGUGUCCUCCCAGCCUCCUGCGGACAGACUCCAGGAAGGCCGUUCCCCAGAAGGAAAACCCGAACAGAGUCUACUGGGCCCCCGGCGGCGGGGGGCCUCGGGGAACGAGCUGUUUCUGGACCUGCAGUGCAUGAAAAUCCUGAAGGAGGGUGCCGGCGAAGAGGAGGACAGCGCCAGUGACCUGUCGGACUCGGAGCGCGUGCCCAUGCCGCAGUCCGCGUGCGCGCCCCCGGAGCUGCACCUGCGGGCGGAGGAGAUUGACGCCGCGGACCCGGGCCCGGACCCAGAAGCGGACCCGCGGGGCGCCGCGCAGCCCACCUACCACUAUGCGGACUUCCUGCCCGCCCCGUUCAGCUCCUGGGACCUCCGUGACCUGGCGGUGCCACCCGGCGCCCAGCCCAGGCCCGCAGCUCGUAGUGGCGCCGCAGGGCUGCUCGCCAGGUACAUCGACAGGCUGGUCCAGCUGGAGUGGCUGCAGAUGCAGACCGUCCAGGGUGAGAAGGGGAAGGGCGCCAAAGCCAGGCCUCCCACCGCUCCUGGCACGUCCACGUCGGGGGCUCUGAAAAGCCCCGGCAGAAGCAAGCUCAUGGCCAGCGCUCCGGCCAGGCCUCCCCAGGAGGGGGCUUGCAAGCUCGGUGCUUCCCGGAGGAAGGAACUGCUCAGGGAAGAAGCCCGGCCAUCCUAUUACGCGUUUGACACGCCCCCCAAAGCCCUCCAUGCACCGCGGGGCAGCAGGCCGAGUUCUCAGAAGCCAGCCCUCGAAGUGAGGACCGAGGAACAGAGAAAGAAAGCCAGUAAGAGCCCCAGAUCCCAGCGCUGGAACCCGCCCUGCAGUGACAGCGGUGGCCCCGGAGCUCCCACGCAGGGGGCUACCGAUCGGGACUCCGCGGACCCCGGUGGGCCCCCCAGAACGCAGGCACUCGCGAGUCUGAAGAAGAAGGGCGGUGCGAGCAGCUGU